CGGCAUCUUUCACAUAGGGUCCAUGGCGUGUCUUUCAAAUGAUAGGUCCAUCCAUGCAGCUGCACACAUCAGAGUGCUCACAAACGUACACAUGUUAGUGGGUGUGGGUGUGGGUGUGGGGACGGGGCUGCACAUGGUGCGGACAGCAUCACACACCCAUGGUCAGUCAUCCCUUGCGUCACUCGAACUCUCCCUCCCCUAAUUCUGCACGUAAGUCUGUCUACUCGGCGUAUCAAUGGCGCUGUCUAGUAGCCCUCGGCCUCCUUCUGAGCAUACACACCGGCACAACACAGCACAGCACAUGCAGCAGAACAGAACCAACACAUGAACGAGCCCACUGCGGGUGCCGUACCUGCGCGUAGCUGCCGCGGAGGCAUCUGCCCUUCCCAUCGCAAAAGCACCCCAUCCCCGCGGCUUUCGCUCCCUUGACGUCGUAGUCGGGGGACUGGUCAGUCUCGUACACACACGGGGUCCACCGCUCCUUGUUCUUGCAUCUCUGGUUAAAAUCCCCGCAGCCAGUCGUCUCGGACCCACUGCCAAUCCCUGCACGACCACAUACAACAUUUGUGUGUGGCCCACUGCCAUGGGGCUCUCUCGCCGACCUUCCUGUGUGUGUGUGAUGUCCUUGAUGAGUCGUUCGGCCGUGUGGAUGGCGUCGCGGGCAGUCUUGGUCAUCUCCGCCGCGGCGGCCAUCAUGGCCCUGGCGCCCUUGAGCUGCUGCUGCGCCACCAGCAACUUCUGCAGCUGCUGAAUGGCAGCUGCAGCGCCGUACGUCAACGUGUCUGCACAUUGCAUUUCAUUCAGCCAGAGGGAAAGCGAGAUCUCGGUAGGUACGUCGCAUGGUGGCAGAUCUGCGCUUGCAGAUGGAUGGUGGCACAAAUGAAUCUACUGUACCCACCUCGAACACCCUCCUUGCGACGCGCCGUCGUGGCGAACGCUGCAUAUAUCAACGCACAAAGAGGGAAUGCACGGGUGGGUGCAGGGGCGGUCUGGUGUGGUGGGUGCUCAUCCUCGUGUGUGUACCGUUGGCCGCCGCAACAGCAGCAAACAAGACGAGAAGAGCCGUAAUGCCCCUCAUUUCUCUCCUCUGGUUCGGUUCGGAUUCAGCGAGUUUACGAAUCGCUGUUGGGGGCGAGACUGUGCGUCUCACGGCAACGGCCCAGUCGCCGCGGCCUUGUCGGCGUUUCAU